UCGAGGAAGCCAUGGCUGCAGGGAGCGCAGUCAAAGACCUGUGCGAAGAAGCCACCUGCUCCAUCUGCCUGGACUUCUUCAGGGACCCGGUGAUCCUCACAGAGUGCGGCCACAAUUUCUGCCGAGCCUGCCUGACCCACAGCUGGGGGGACUUGCAGGGGGCGGCAGAGGCUUCCUGCCCACAAUGCAGAGGAAGAGCACAAGGAGGGACCCUCCGGCCGAACCUGCAGCUGGCCAACUUUGUGGAAAUUGCCAAAAGAUUGUCGCUUCAGGAGGGAAAAGAGGCAGGUGUGAAGGGGGGAGAAGAAAAGGGGGGGAUCUGCGAGAAGCACCGGGAGCCCCUGAGGUUUUUCUGCCAGGAGGACGAAGCCCCCGUUUGCCUGGUCUGCGGGAUAUCCAAGGAGCACAGAGAUCAGGAAGCAGUCGUGGCCGAUAGAAAAGGGAGAGUUUGCCAAAAGCACCAAGAACCUCUAAAGCUCUUUUGCAAGGAUGACGAAGCCCUCAUCUGUGUGGUCUGUGACCGAUCCAAGGAGCACAGAGAUCACGAGACCCUUCCUCUUGACGAGGCCUCCCAAGAGUACAAGGAUCGAUUCCGUGCUUGUCUGGAGAAGCUGAAGGAGGAGAGAAAAAGAGUUGUAGUGUGUAAAGCUGGUGUAGUGAGGAAAAGCCAGAACCUACUAAAGCAAACCACAGAACAGAAACAAGAGAUGGUAGCCAAAUUCAGGGAACUGCACACUUUUCUGGAGGAACAAGAGAAACGUCUGCUGGCCCAGAUGGAAGAGGUGGAGAAGGAGGUGGCAAAAAACCGGGAUCAGCACCUGGUUGAGUUGUCUGAGGCCCUCUCCUCUCUGGACAGCCUCAUGCAGGAGAUGGAGGAGAAGUGUCAGCAGCCGGCCACUGAACUCCUGCAGGAUGCCAGAAGCACCUUGCUAAGGUAUGAAGAAAAGGAGGCUUUUAAGAAUCCAGUUUUUCCUCUUUCACUGACGUGGCGCGUUUUGGACUGCUCAGAUUUAAAUCACUUUUUGGAGGGCAUCAAGAGGCAACUCAAAGACUCUUUUGAUUCUGGACUUCUCCUGCAGAAAGCAAAUGUGACUCUGGAUCCAGACACGGCCCAUCAGGAGCUCAUCCUGUGUGAGGAUCGUAAAAGCAUAAGGGAUGGAGAAAAAUCUCAAACUCUUCUUGACAAUCCUGAGAGAUUUGAUGUUUAUGGUGCUGUGCUUGGCUGUGAGGGGUUCACAGGAGGCCGCCAUUUCUGGGAAGUCCUUGUGGGAAGUAAGGGAGAAUGGGCUGUGGGGGUGGCCAGGAAGUCUGUGAGGAGGAAGGGAGCGGAUAUCUUUAGUCCUGAACAAGGAAUCUGGGAAUUGGGUAAGUGGGGAGGGCAGUAUAGGAUUGCCAUAGAAGACAAUAACCUUCUCCUGUCCCUCAAUGCUAAGCCCAAGAGGAUCCGAGUCUGUCUGAACUAUGAUGGGGGUCGAGUGGCCUUUUUUGAUGCUGACCAAGCAGUCCUCAUCUAUGAGUUCUCUGGAGCAUCCUUCUCUGGAGAGACCCUCCUGCCCUUCUUUUGGGUGAAUAAAAAUGGCCACCUCAAACUCUCUUCUUAAGACCUUUUCUUCACACCAGGAGCAUCAGUCAGAAAAUAUUGUUUCUCAGAAGCUCCCCCCUUUAGUUCUGUCAAGGCCUCUCCAGGCUCCCAGCCACCAAAACCGACUCGAGUAAAAUGGGGACAUUUCCCCCCCAUUCCCUAAUAUUCCUCUUUUUACUUUGUAUCUUAUCUGAGAAUAACAAUAACAUAUUUAUAAAUUUAUAAAGAAUUUAUAAAGAAUAACAGGCUGGUUGUCAAGGAAGCUCUGGUUGGGAAUCCCAUUUCUCAAAGUGGAUUUUCCUACCUGAUUUCCAAGUUUCCCUCAUUUUCAAGGUGCUAUAAAUUGAGUGUUGGAUAUUUCAGUUUGAGAGGGAAAACCUUCAUUUAUGAAAUAGCAGUAUAUAAAGGCAAACGUCUGGAAUGCCAUAGUGUUGAUUUCUGGGGUCUCGCACAUAAUUGGUGUUUGAUGUUUGGGAGGAGAACUGAAAUUACCUUCAGCCACUCCAAAGUUUCCGCUUCAGCUUGUGCUGCUGCCUCCUUUGCUGUUGCUCAGAUGCACCUUUCUGGGCAGGAGACAUCAUGAAGGCAGAUGUUUUCUAGCACUGUGAACUGGACUGGAGAGCUUCCGUUGGCCACAAUCAUGUAUGCAGAUUGAAUGCUGGCUUAGCUCUGUUUUGACCCCUGUGUGUGUACCUGGUUGUCUGAUGUGCCUUCAUUAAAAAGUAAAUUUCUAAA